AUGAUUACCGUCGUGAAGCAAGUCGCCUCGAUCUUCCGCUCAAUCUUCUACGCCUAUGUAAACAAUGUGUCCUCCUAUCCUGUCAUAGCCAUUAAGGUCUCGAAGCCUGAUUCAGCCAACCGGUUCACAGUCUACGAGCCGGUAAUCGCCUACGAUAGACGCGGCGUCCCAGGCUACGCUGCAAUUCCCGCCGACAUGCCCGAGUCCAUGAAACGCGCAUUUUUGGCCUGGAAUGAAUGCGAUUUGGUCGUCCAGGCUUUGCUUCCAUCGCUCGAGGCAAAGCUCUCCGCGCGCAUUCCGGGCGUGCGUGUGGACUGGCUCAACGUCGACAUCGCGCCUGUAUUCCUGUUCCGCAACCCUGACUCCGACGCUAACGUUCCAGACCCUACACACUCUUCCUUUCUGAUAACGCUCCCACAUAACCGUGGAAAGUAUGUCGCGGAUUUCACCAUUGAGCAGUUUGGGUUCGGCGAAGAAUGCUGGUUUCUGCCGUUCGAGGAUUAUAUGACCAGGACGCGGGACUGCUUGUACGAGAUCUACAAUUUUGAGGAGCGGAAUUUAGACCUUAAAUUCACGUUUUCGGAAGAUCGCAUCAAAGGACAACGGCUUAUGCGCAAGCUGGGCAGGGAUCUGGAUUGGGCUAUCGCAGAACAGCUGGCUGAGAGCGAUCGGGCGGCCGUUAUCGACGACAUGGCACGUCGAGCGCUGUACGAGGAAUGGGUACGGUGGCGUGCGUACGCGUGA